AUGCCUGAACUGUAUAAAUUAUAUCAAUUCGAAGAUGGCUCUGAACUAUUAACUUAUGCUGCAACUAUUUUAGAUGAAAAUGUGUUGACAUUAGAACAGCAACUCUAUUCUCAAGCGUAUUCACAAGCAAAUAAUGGUAAAGUACUGUUAACACCGCCAUUUUCACGAUUCACGAACGCUUUACGAAAAUUGCACUAUGAUACCAAAUUAAAAAUGCAGAAAUCACCAAUUGUGGUAGAACCAAUUGUAAUGAAUGCUAGUAAUAGCAUUGGUGAUCAAAAGGAUCAAAAUGAAGAUGGUUUAUUUAAUCGAUUUAUAAAUGCUGUUGCAUAUAAACAUCGUCCUAAUCGUGAAACAAUUGAACCAAAUAAUAAGAUACCAAAACUUGCUCAUUUAUUUUAUUUAACUAACAAACUUCAUCGUAAUACAGAAGAAUAUUUAUGA